GCUGCUGAUUUGGCGGCGUACAGAUUUGGAUUUAGGCUAUGGCGCUAGCAAGUCCCCUCGCUCUGUUUAUACCGCCCUUGCUGACAGAUUGCCAAAUCAUGUCACUCAUGUCCAAUUUAAUCGUGAUUACAUAUUAUCAAUAAUAACACAACGGUAGUUGUAUCGUAGAUCCAGUCGCGCGUUCAUGGAUCGUGCUAGCGUUCUCCGUUAGCCGCAAGGGUGUAUAGUUACGUAGUCUUCAUUCCUUCCAUUCUAAAGUUUUAAGUUUUCCGUCCAUUUUCAAUAGCGCUUAUCCCGAACACGGUAGCGGAGGGCGUGCUCGAGCCGAUCCCAGCCAUCUUCGGGCGAAAAGCGCACUACGCCCUUAACUGGUCGCCAGUCAGUCCCAGGACACAACAUAUAGAUACAAACAACAUCCACACCGUGGCAAGAGUCCGGCGAGUAGACCGCAAGACCGUCAGCCACCUCUUUUAGUUUUUAAGGAUUAAAAAAUAAAAAUGGAAACAAACGUGCCGAAGAGACGAGACAACAAGAAGCCGCUCCGCGUCAAAGUCAUAAGCCUCGGCAACGCUGAAGUCGGGAAGAGUUGCAUCAUCAAACGCUAUUGUGAGAAGAGGUUUGUUCCCAAAUAUUUGGCUACGAUUGGAAUUGACUACGGGGUCACCAAGGUGCAGGUUCGCGACAGAGAAAUCAAAGUCAAUAUCUUCGACAUGGCUGGGCAUCCAUUCUUCUACGAGGUGCGCAAUGAGUUCUACAAGGACAGUCAAGGUGUGCUGCUGGUGUACGACGUCGGUCUCCGGGACAGUUUUGACGCCCUGGAUAGCUGGCUGGGCGAAAUGAAACAGGAAAUGGGCUCGCAGGCUAACAUGGACAGCAUCGUCUUCAUAGUCUGCGCCAACAAGGUGGAUCUGUUGAAACGGCGAGUGGUGGACGAGGGGGAGGGCCGUCUGUGGGCCGAGUCUCGAGGGUUUCAUUACUUUGAGACGUCGGCGCAAAGCGGAGAGGGGAUCAAUGAGAUGUUCCAGGCCUUUUUCUCCUCCAUCACCGACAUGUGUGAAAACGGCGGCAAGCGCCCCGUUUCUGAGGUCAGCGUCGGCUUCACCAAAGAGCAAGCGGACACGAUCCGACGCAUCAGAAACAGCAAGGACUCCUGGGAUAUGCUGGGGGUCAAACCCGGCGCCACGCGGGAGGAGGUCAACAAGGCAUACAGGAAACUGGCGGUCCUGCUGCACCCAGACAAAUGUGUGGCCCCCGGGAGUGAAGACGCAUUCAAGGCGGUGGUGAACGCGCGCACCUCACUGUUGAAGAACAUCAAAUAACGGCAACUGGCGUCAAACGUCUCGCGGCUCUUCUCUCGGGCACUUUGCGAUGCACUUGUGUGUGUGUGUGUGUGCAAGAGCUUAUAAUUUUCACAUGAAAUCAUCUCACUAUAUUAUGUAGGAUUGAUAAUGGGGAGGAAGACAAUUUUUAAAAAUGUAUUUAUUAUUAUUUUUUUAAUGUUUGUCACUUCUAUUUGCCAUAUACAGUAUAUAUACACACAUAAACCAAAAGUUGUGAAAAUAUCACGGUUAAGGGUCAAGUAUGAGCCUUAAUGGAGACUUCUUCUUACUUUUUCUUUUCUGAUUGAUAUAAAAAUGAUUUAGUAGAUAUAAACACAUAACGGGGUAGGACUAGAUCAGUUUUUUUGACUUCAUCCUACUCCCUUGAACAUAAUAACUGUGUUGAAUGAAGACUGAUUUCUUUCUUUUUACUUUUUUAUCGACCUUAUUUUCCGUCAAAUUAUUACUGUAUAUGUUUUAUGUUCAAUAAACAAACAAAACAAACAAUAAAUUUCCCCAGUGUCAGGACAAAUAAAGGAUAUCUUAUCUUAUACACACACACACACACACAGAGUAAAGAAACUUAAAGUAUUGAUUUAAAAAAAAAAGUCAUUUAUGAAAUAAUGAUAUAUCUUUUAGUCGUGCUGCAAAAAAAAAGGAUGAGAAGUCAGCAAAUGGUUCCUUCCGUCCAAAAUUGUUUGCGUCGCUGUGAGCAAUGCAUGACCGUGAAGUUGCGUCAUGUGAAUCUCAUUCCAUGUACAAAUGUGUUUUAUAUUUGCAUCAAAAGAAUAAAAGCUUUGACGGUC